GUGUUGACUAAAAAGACGAAUGGAGAGUGACUAACUCAACGGUUAACGUUGUUUAGCAGGAAGAUGAGUUCUCAGCAGUUUCCAAGGACGGCGUUGCCCUCCGCAGCUAUAGGGCAAGGCCAGGCACCUGGAGGAAACACCAGCCUCACUGCAGGGAAUCAGCCUGGGAGCCAGCCAGCAGGUGAUGAUGAGGGCAGUCGAGAUACUGACCAUGCCCAAGACCAUCCACCAAACAGUGGCAGUAGCACUGGAGGGGCGUUGCCAUUCCGUGACGACAAGCAGGAGCCCGUGGUGGUGAGGCCCUACCCACAAGUACAGUCCCUUGGUCAGCCUCCCACGCUGCCCCAUCAUGUGCCCAUCCAGCCCAGCCCGCCUGUCUCUGUGCCUGGCCCACCAGUGCAUCUGCCCCAGGGCCAGCCACUCACCUUUUCAGAGGGACCUGUGAAGGCUCCUAUGAAGUCACCCAUGCCCAGCCGCCUCAUAGCACCAGCUCCAACAGCUGGCCAAGGGCACCUCUCCGUGCCCCCCAAAGUGCCCACUCACAUUGCUGUCACCCCAGAGAGCAGCAUUGCCCCCACCUCCUCCAUCCCUGUGGCAACCAUCAGUGGACAGCAGGGCCACUCCAGUAAUCUGCACCACAUGAUGGCCAACGUGCAGAUCAUCCGAAGCAGCACCCCAGCUCUGCAGAUCGGUUCACCUGUUGCCCCUCCACACACCUUCACAUCCCACUUGCCAAGAGGAGCUGCUGCAGCAGCGGUCAUGUCGAGCACCAAAGGGCCCACAGUGCUGAGGCCAGCCUCCGGAGCCGGCGCAGGGCCCGGCCAGCCAACUGCUGUCCAGCACAUCAUCCAUCAGCCCAUCCAGUCGCGGCCAGUGGUGACCACCUCCACAGCUGUGCUGCCCACGGUAGUGGCCCCCAUCUCAGCUGCUAGGACCCAGUCUCCAGUCAUCAGCCCUGUGGUCACACACAGCACCACAGACAUGGUCCAUGGGCGACCAGGACUGACCAUUCACCAGCCCCCUCCGGCCACCAUCAGCAUCCAGAGACCAGCCACGCCGCGAGACACGGCCACCCGCAUCACCCUGCCUUCACACCCUGCCAUCGGAGCUCAGAAACCACAGCCCCCACACACUGUGACUCAGAAGCCUAUUUUUAGCACGGUGACUCCUGCUGCAACAGUGGCUCCAAUUCUGGCCACCAACACUGUGCCAUCAACAACCUCUCCAGGCUCUGUUCCACACACGCAGAUGACCAGCAGCACCAUUGUCACCAUGACGAUGCCCUCUCACUCCUCUCAUGCCACUGCAGUCACCACCUCUGCCAUCCCCGUGGCCAAAGUGGUGCCGCAGCCCAUCGCACACACCUCCCCCCGUAUCCAGGCCGACUACCCCGGCGAGAGGACCAACCUCAUCCCCAUCCCCGGCCAUCGCUCCUCUCCCAACCCUGUUGCCAUGGAGCCACGCAGUGACAACAGGCCCUCUGUGCCAGUGCAGUUCCAGUACUUUCUGCCCACCUACUCGUCGUCUCCGUACCCUCUGACACACACCUACACUCCCAUCACCAGCUCUGUGUCCACCAUCCGCCAAUAUCCAGUCACCCCCCAGGCCCCCAGUCCGGCCAUGCCCACUCAGGCAGGGGUCGGCGUGGCCACCACCGUGCACCUCAACCCCAUGCAGCUGAUGGCCGUGGACCGCAUCGGCCUGCAGUCGGCCCAGAUCAGCACCCAGAGCCUCCAGCCCGCCUCCAUGGCCGCCCAGGGCAUCCAGCCGGCGCCCAUCGGAGUGCAGGGCCUGCAUGCCACCGCGCCAAUCAGCACACAGGGCAUCCAGCAAGCACCAAUGGCAACGCAGCAGCCCCAGCCAGAGGCCAAACCGUCAGGCGUGGUCCUGGCCGACAGCUCCGCCUUCGUCACCAACCCCAUCGGCAGCACGUUUGGCGCCACCCAGCCCGUCACCACUGUGGUGCAGACCCACCCCCAGGGCGUGGGGUCGGGGGUGCCCACCAUCGGCUCCUCCCCGAGGCCCAGCAUCCUCCGCAAGAAGCCUGCCAACGAGGGAGGCGUGCGUAAGAACCUGCUGGCGGCCCAGGCAGGGGAGCCAGGCCCCGGCCGAAUGGAGAGCGCCGUCAGGGGGGUGGCGGGGUCCCCGCGACCGGCCGGGGUGAAGCCCAAAGCGGACCUGCACGUGGCCAUGGCGCCCCCGGUGAUGGCUGCCGUGGAGGCGUUGCCCCCCCACGUCGUCGAGCAGCAGCAGCAGCAGCAGCAGCAGCAGGCGCAGCCCCUCCCCCCCCAGGCCCUGCACCAAUCACAGCCCAUCCCCACGCUGCUGGCCCCGCCCCUGCCCCCGCCCCCCUCCCAGCCGGCGGCCGUGCUCUCGGCGCUCCCGGCGGCCAUGGCGGUGACGCCGUCCGUCCCGGCCUCCAUGGCCAACGCCGUGGCCUCCCCCACCCAGCCGGCGGCCAGCGGCACCGCCCUGUGCGCCGUCAGCUCCACCUGCCCCGAGCUCAAGGUCAAGCAGGAGGUGGAGACCAUGGACACCUCACAGCCAGUGGCCAGUGUGACGUCCACGCCAGGCCCUGCUCCGGCCCUCUCCUCCUCCCAAGCGCCGGCCACCCUGAGCGCGCCCUCCCAGCCCGGGGACCUGCUCCCGGGGGCCUCCCCGCGCAAGAAGCCCCGCAAGCAGCAGCACGUCAUCUCCACGGAGGAGAGCGAGAUGAUGGAGACCAACAGCACCGACGAGGAGAAGAUCGGGAGCAGGACCAUGGGCAGCCGCUCGGACCGACACGAGUCCCCGCCCAGGGAGUACGUGGACGAGGAGGGCGUACGCUACGUGCCCAAACGCAUCCGACCCCCCAUCACUCUGCUGAGCCACUACCGCAACCCCUGGAGAGCCGCCUACCACCACUUCCAGAGGUAUACCGACAUCCGGGUCAAAGAGGAGAAGAAGGGCUCCCUGCAGGACAUGGCCAAUCAGAGGGGCGUCGUGUGCAGAGCGCAGGGCUGGAAGAUUCACCUGUGCGCUGCUCAACUCAUGCAGCUGUCAAGUCUAGAGCACGAUGUGUACAGCCGGCUGACCAGUCUGCAGGAGGGCCUCAUCCCAAAGAAGAGGGCAGGAGCCGACGACGAGCUGCAUCGCAUCAAUGAACUCAUACAGGGUAACAUGCAGCGCUGCAAGCUAGUGAUGGACCAGGUGACGGAGGCGCGGGACACCAUGAUGAAGGUGCUGGACCACAAGGAGCGCGUGCUCAAACUGCUCAACAAGAACGGCACCACCAAGAAGAGCUCCAAGCUCAAGCGCAAGGAGAGGGCCUAGAGACUCCACCAACCCCCUCCUCCUCCUCCUCCUCCUCCUCUCCCCUCCUCCUCUCCCCGCUCCUCCCCAGAAAUGUCCCUUCUACCUCCUUGCGAGGGACUUAAAGACCUAAAGACUCAUCCUCCUCAUCCCUGCAUUCUCCUCACCUCCCUCCUGAGGGCCUAAAGACUUAACCCCAACACGUGCACACAUUCACCAACACACACAAGAAUGCAAACCCUUCAGCCGUUGUUCGAUCUGUAUUGUAGUUUCCACAGAAUCAUCCACCCUCGGUGAUAGUCAUACACUCUAGGUUAACACACAGACGAGACCCUGGAUGUCUUCAUGUGGUUUAUCCUCUCCGUCUUGUGCAGUCUCCCCUCCGUUCAGUUAAAGAAUGAAUACGGGGCCUUGAACUUCUUCCUUUUUUUGGGGUAACCUGGAAUUAGAUCCAACUGAGAAUGCUCAUCAAUAGCUGACGGUGUUUCCCAAUCACCUUUUCAAUUCUCAGUUUGAGCUCUGAAGUUCAUUGAAGAGUGUGUAUGGUCUUAGUCCUGCUGCUACUAAUAGUCUACUGUUGGCCAUUACAGCGGUGCAUUUCCCAAAACCAUAGUUGCUAACCUGUAACCUGCAACUAUGGUUUUGGGAAACGCGCCGUGGUUUGAUUAGCUACAAGUCUGUCCAUCUAGCCUUUCAUCUGGCCUUUUCGGAAGCUGUUUUAGUUGGGCGAGACCAGUUUGUAAUCAUCAACCUUCACGCGUAGCAGUUUAUGACUUUGCGCUCGGAAAUGAUCCAGCUGAAUCUGCAUUGGCCUGAGCACUGGUAAGGAUGUUCACUAAAGAAGCCAAGACAGGCCUGUCAUGGGCAUCCAUGCUUUUACACACACUCAUACACAAACACACGUUUCCUCCUUCUCAUCACCAUUUGUCACACACACUCACAAGUCAAAGAACUGUAUACUAAAUGAGGGUGACAGACACUAAACCUAAUAGUGCCCUUUUCAUGGUUUUGGUGCCUUCAAUUAUCAAAGUAUACCUAGGACAUAAUGAGUGUUCUGUGUGUUUUAUACAUGAGAAGCACGUCUGUGUGAUUGAUUUUUUGUUUUGUUCUUUUUAUUUUUUGUUUGUUUUUGUCUCCUUUUGUUUUAAAGACCAUGUAGACGUGUGGGCUUGUCUGCACACCUGUUCACUCAUCUAUGUCUUGCUACUACACCAGUCGUUACAGGUUGACUGUGUGCUGGACAGAAAUUAAUGAACAUACACCGGCCCUCUCCAAACACCCAUGUAGUGAUGCUAGUUUUUUUUUUUUUUACUGUUUUUUGUUUUGUUUGUUAAUUAUUUGUUUGUUUUGCAAGGGGAGGAUGCUGUUUAAAAUAUCUAGCCUGCCUCGAGAGCAUCAUGGAGCAAUUUUGCGAAGAGUACAGAACUGCUUGACAGAUGUACUUGAAGUGCGAUGUACUUGUGUAAUAAAAAGAAUGUGAGAAUUUUUGAAGAUUUAUGUUUAAAGAAAGUAAGAAAAAAAAUAACAACUUAAAAAUACAUUGAACCAGAUUGUUGUGUAAAUGAAAAGUGACUGUACACUCUUAGGCUUUUUUGGAAUAUGUUUAGUUUUUUGUAUGCAGAGACAGUUAGCUGUGCUCCAUAGAUGUGGCUCUUGUUUUGCAAGUUGUACGCGCUGAAGUAUGUGUGUUGAAAAGAGCCUGGUGAAAAAAAAGAGGCUCCAUUUUGUACAUUUCCUUCAUGUCUGUAUAUUAUUAUGUGCUUAUGCAGUAAAAUACUGUACAUUUAUGCCA